CGGACGAGAAUAUAAGUGUGUCAUGUUUUCUGUAAAGCCUGGAAGCCGAAAUGAAAAACAAGUCGACACACACACACAACACGCGGAUACAGCGCACUAGUGCAAAGUUCGAAAAAUAUGUCACAAUCACUGUGAUCCCACUCUCUCUCGAGCUAUAGUGUGUGGCCCUCUUCCUGUUUAUUCGUGUUGGAAAAAACUCAUGCGGGGUCGCUAACAGACCACAGACGGGCAUUUCGGUGUGCUUUCUUGAUUUAUAUAUACAUGCUUCAGAGGAUUAUACUGCCGGCUCCGGUUGCACACAUGACGUUUUAUCGAAAGACCGACCGUUUGGAAAACGGAGCUGAAAUGAGGGAUCACAUUUCAAAUUCUUCAGUAUGGCUCAAACGCACACAGCCAGUGGAACUGUCGACAAGUUUUUCUCGUCGUUUCUCUUUCAUCGCAGUCGUCGCUCCCUCGACGCUGAUGGGAAUAGAUUUCCAACGUCAAUGAACGCGCGUUUUGGCGUCUGUAAAUUGUCGAUCUUCGACAGCGCUGACACUGCCGUAUAUUCGAUAUAAUACGUCCUUGUUGUUUGUAUGGAAUGGCCAAUCAAUCGACCUUAUUGACAUCAGCGUUGUUGCUGAUGUCGAACUCGACCGACUUGGACCACAGCAUCGGCAGCAGUGAUACUGAUGACCAUCACAGGUACGUGAUCGAGAGGUUCCGCUUGGCAUUCGUCGUGCUCGGCAUCGCCUUGGGAGUAAUUGCCAUUGGAUUCAACACGGCGAUUGUCAUUUCUUCACUGGUCGUCAAAACGUCUUCUCUGAGAUUUUCGUCGCAAACAAUCAAUUUGAUGGCUUCGCUAGCCGUCGCCGACCUGUUUCUUCUUGUAUUCGGUCUACCUUAUGAUCUCGUCGCUGCCAACGAUAACCCCUGGCCCCACUGGCUAGAGGGGCGGAUUGGAUGCCCAAUGUCAGCUUAUCUUCCAGAAGCGUCACGCUUCGCCUGGGUGGGGACGGUCGCACUGGCCAUGCCUCUUCGCUGGCCAUCGCUGAGGAAAUGGGGGCCGGCUUGGACGCUGCUGGUCUGGGCAGUUUCGCUGGUCGUCGUCAUUCCGUUCGCCCUUCACGUGGAUUGCCUCGGCCAGUCUCACACGACGACGGUCGAUUACGCCACGAUACCGGAAACGGCCCAUGGCUCGUUACUGGACGACGACGACAACGACAGCGCUUGUUCCUGCGUCUUCACCGUCAGCCAAUCGGAAGUCGUCCAGAUGUUCGGCUCGUCCCUGGUCGCCUACUCGCUCAUUUCCGUCAUGGCUAUCGGAAUGAUCGGCCUCAAGAGCCGGCCAUUUUCGGAUGAGGCUCCACAUAUCAAAGUGAACACAUCCUCCAGAAGGCUAGUGACCAUGCUGUUAACAUUUAUGGCCUGCACCUUGCCUCGCUACGUCUACAAUGUCGUCAACUACUCGGAAGAGACCCGGACGGCGGAUGGCCUGUACGGAUUGACCAUGUCGAUCCUGGAAAUUCUUUGUUGCAGUCUCUUCUACGGCACGUCGUUGAUCCAUUUGAUGCUGUCGCCUCAUCCCCGCUCGCUGCUCCGUCAAUUGUGUCGACAACAACAAGAUUACGCGAUAGAGGCCGAAGUCGCCUGAGCGAUCGAUAUAGACACACUAACCUACGUCACGAUCAAUGUCUCAAAAGUUCAAUAUUCGUGUCUUGAAAGCAGCAGCGCAACAUCGGAGGUUAUUAACGAAAUGGAUGUCGGAAAACUUUGAAAUUCUCCAGUCCCGUUAUGAAACUUUGAUUCACAAUGGGCGAGGAUCGAUGACGACGUCCGCCUUUUACGGAUAAUUAUUUAAAAAAAAAUAAAAGUAAUUGCUAAAAAGCGGAACUGGCGUUUUUGAGACGUACCUAACGAACUACCCAACUAUUGACUUUUCCGCGUCGACGAAAUGUUCGUCCCAUAUUUCAAAGUGGACGAAUUCUCAGCGAACUCUCAUCACAGUUCUACGACACACUUGUGUGGAUAAUUAAGCGAAAUCAAAAGUGCUGCUCUCCAGUGAUUUGAAAUAGGAAACAAAAAAAUAAAAAAUAAAAUAAACCGUCGGAUGUGUGUUUUCAUUUUGUGUGUAAUGCAGUGAUUCUAUUGACACGCAUCUCAAUCAACAUGUUUUGUAAAUGGGGCUGCACAGACAACGAGAGUGACGUGAAAUGUUCUUCUCAUUAAAUGUCCACCUUUGUUUUUUUUAUCUCGUGUUAUUCGCGUAUUAUUUGUCCGUUAACUUCUUUUUUUUCACAAAUAAAAACACGUCAUAUAAUUCA